CCCAGCUUGUGUCACACUUCUCCAAAUCCUUCAAUGACUAACAGGCAUGGUGAGGAAAUCUAUCAGCCCUGCCUCCCUGCAUGAAUCUGUCUCCUCCCUAUCUCACAUAAUAGCUGGUUUUUAAGCAGCUGCUGCCUCCUCAACCUUCUUGCUCCAAGCCUCACAGGAGAGAUACAGCAUCCAGAAACUCAGCAGCACCAACACAUUGUCUUCAGAGCUAGUUUCCUCUGAGGACACCUAGCAGACUUCUAGCUGUUCAGAAGGACAAAGUACUCUGUUACUUGGGCUUAAACAGGAGUCUAUGUUCCAGUUUUCCAAAUGGUUGAACGAGUUCCACCUUUCCUAUAUGAUGUUGGAGAAAGAACUGAAUACAAGCCUCUUGGACAUGAAGAGCAAGUUGAACACAUCAACGCUUAUAUCUGCAGACCAUCUUUCAACACAGACAAAGCUGUGAUUGUGAUUCAUGACAUUCUAGGAUGGCAGUUCCCAGAUACAAGAUAUAUGGUUGAUCUGGUUGCAGCUCAGGGAUAUUUAGCCAUUUGCCCAGACUUCUUCAAAGGACAACCUUGGACAACUACUGAUCAUUGGGCUGACUUUGCUGACUGGUUGAAAAAGCAUGAUCCUACAAAAGUGGACAGGGAAACUGAUGCUGUCUUGAAGUAUCUAAAGGAGCAGUAUGGUGCAAAGAAGAUCGGUGUCGUUGGGUUUUCCUGGGGUGGCAUGGCUGUACAUCACUUGAUGCUGACAAAUCCUGAAUUACAGACUGGGGUGUCCUUCUAUGGAAUAAUCAGGAACACUGAAGACAGAUACAACUUGCUGAAUCCCACAUUUUUUAUUUUUGGUGAAAAAGAUCAUACCAUUUCUUUGAAGCAGAUCACUUUACUGGAGGAGAAACUGAAACAGUACUGUCAAGUUCCCUAUUUUCUUAAAGUUUACCCUGGGCAAGUUCACGGCUUUGCACAGUUCAAGCCAGAUGAUACAAAACCUCAGGAUAAACCGUACAUUGAACAAGCAAGAAAGGAUAUGUUUGACUGGAUUGAAAAAUUUGUCUAACAAAUAUAAAAUCAAAAGUGUAAGAUAACAUAAAGCAAUAUAUUCUGCAAUGUUAAGGCUGGCAUUUGAUUUCAUUCUACUUUAAAUGAGAGCUGUUUAGGGCGUUUUGGGGGUGGAGAAUAAACUAUAUUGUAUUUAUAGAAUUUACAAUAAUAUAGUAAUUUUUUUAUUGGCAGUUCUAAAUAACAUGAUUUCAUGUUAAACCAUUUUUGAAUGAAAUAUUAAGGGAGUGUUUACAUUCAACCUACUUUAGUAUAGUUAUAAUCUUGUUGGAGACAGGUCUCCAGUUUCUCUGGGGUAUAUUCUCUCUUCCACCUUGUAUACAGCUGAUAUUCGUAGAACUCUUAUAUGUUGAGAGUGUAGACUUCUUUGAGCUGUAUUAUUACAGCAUAAGCAUUUUUAUCAGCAAGACUGUGCUGAUAAAAAUGCUUAUGCCAUAAUAAUACAGCUCAAAGAAGCAUUCUUGUGUUUUCAGUAUAAUGCCUUGGUGUCUGGAGGGGGGGAAAAUGACACUAGGACUGUCCUAGCUUUCCAUGUAAUUAUUUGAAACAGUUUUCAUUUAGUAGAAAAGGGUUGCUUAGGAUGUGUAGCAGUACUCAGUAUAAGUUGCUGUCCACAUAAUGGAAAAAAGCAGUCUUUCUGAGUAUGGCUGAGGGACUAAUAUGAAUAGAAGUAUCAAAUUAUAGACACUGUGUCAAAACUGUUGCCCUGCCCAUGGCAAUUAUGCUGAUUCAGUGUCCUAGUAAUCAUAUUCAGAAUACUAUUAUCCUGGUGGGGGUCGGGAAAUCUCUCUCAAGAAACAGGACUAUUGAGUUGUGGAAGCUGGCAGCUGCAAUACUAGCACAUUAUUUUAAAAGGACAUUUCUUUCCGGAUAUUACGCCAUGCUCAGAAUGUUGAACCCCAGCUCAAGUCUGGGAUUGUGCCCGGUAUGCAAAGGCCAAUAAAGAUACCAGGGGUGAAAGUACAAAG